AUGCACACGCGCCCGGAUCCCGCUGAACAAAGGGCAGUGCGGGCACAGAGGAGCCACAGCGGUCAUGGAGCGGAGGCGGCGCGCGGAGCCGGCUGCCAGCCUCGCUCGCGGCUGCGGGACUACCCCGGGGAAAGCCCCCGCCCGGCCCCGCCCCGGGCCCGCGAAUCGGCCUCCCAGUGGCUGCUGGCCGCCGCAACCUGCGGGCUGGUGAGCCCGGAGGCUCCGGGAGGUGGGACCUGGCCGCGCCAGGCGGGCAGCGCUGGAGCCGGCCUGGCGGGGGCCGGGCGGUGGGUCCCCCUGCUGCUGGGCCUGCUGCAGUCCACUCUAGGGAAGCCCCUUCUCCCCCCUCCCCAGAACGUGACGCUGCUCUCCCGGGACUUCGGUGUGUACCUGACAUGGCUCCCAGGGCCUGGCUACUCCCAGAACGUGACCUAUUUUGUGGCCUAUCAAAGCGCUGCGACCCCCAGACGGUGGAGAAAAGUGCAGAAGUGCGAAGGAACCAAAGAGUUGGUGUGUUCUUUGAUGUGCCUGGAGAAACAGGACCUGUACAACAAGUUCAAGGGGCGCGUAUGGGCGGCUUCUGCCAGCGCCAGGUCCCCCAUGGUGGAGUCCAAGUACCUGGACUACCUUUUUGAAGUGGAGCCAGCCCCACCCGCCCUGGUAGUCACUCGGACAGAGGAGGUUCUGAGCAUCAAUGCCACCUACAAGCUGCCCCACUGCAUGCCCCGACCGGAUCUGAAGUAUGAGGUGGAUUUCUGGAAGGAGGGAAUCAAAAACAAGACGCGAUUUCCAGUCACCUCCCAUGGCCAGCCAGUGCAGAUCCCCCUGCAGCCGGCCGCCAGUGGCCACUACUGCCUCAGCGCCAGGACCAUCUACACCUUUGGUGAUCCUAAAUACAGCGAGUUCUCCAAGCCCACCUGCUUCUUCCUGGAUGCCCCCGGAGCCAGCUGGGCAUUCCUGGUGCUGCUACCACUUCUGCUUCCCCUGCUGUUGGUCAUUGCCAUAGGCUUUGUGAUCUGGAAGAGCUUCAGAGAGAACCCCUGGUUUCAGCAGGCAAAGAUGCCAUGGGCCCUGGACUUUUCUGGAAACAGAUACCCCAUGGCAACCCUUCAUCCCAGUGGUCCUGAGCCCCUGGAUACCUUGACCCUCUGUCCCCAAAAGGAACUGACCAGAAGGGUCCGGCCAAGCCCCGGAGUCAGGACCCCAGCCACCAUCCAGGCAGGACCAGAGAAGAACAGUGCUGAGGAGGAGGACAAUGAGGAGGAGGCAGACGACAAUGUCAACUUUCAGCCGUACCUUGAACCACCCUCCUUCCUAGGGCAGGAGCACCAGAUCCUGGGAAACUCUGCGGCAGGGGACACCUGGAGCCCUCCUGUCCAGGUCAAAGGCUGGUCUGCUACCCAUGCUUCAGACAGAAGCUGGGCCAGUGCGGGGGGCUCCUCCCCCUGGGAUGAGUCUGAGUCCUCUUGCUAUUUGGCCAAGAAGACGCUAGGCCAAGGGCCAGGUGGGGACGAGUGUCAGGAGCCUCUCCCACUGCCUGAAUUCUCCAAGGACUUGAGUUUCCUUGAAGAUCCCUGGAAAGAUGACCUCUCCUCCUGGGCCAGCUGGGGCUCUUUCUCACCAGGGCUGGAUCUGCUCCCUGGGGAGCCCCCAGUUUCUCUCCACGCACUGACCUUUUGCUGGGACAGCAACCCUGAAGAGGAAGAGGAGGAGGAGGACGAAGAAGAAAGUGAAGAUGGAGGAGGAAGGGAAUCAGAAAUUGAGGAUGACAGUCCUGGCAGCUGGGGGGCCGGGAGCCUACAGAAGACUGAGGUCAGAGGUCGGACCCUGGGACAUUACAUGGCCAGGUGAGCCAUUCCCCAGCUCCGCCCCCCACCACAUCUGGUGCCACUGAGCUUUCCUAGGACCGAGAUGCCACUGAGACUUGAGAGUCUGGGAGCAUCACCGCUGAGGACAUGGAGGGCUCUUGAAGCAUUUCGGAAACCCCAGGGUUGUUGUCAAUUGCCUUGAGCAG